AUGGCAUUUCAAGUUAAAACAUCAAUAUUAUCAAAUUCUGAUGGAUCUGCUGAAUUAAUUAUAGGUGGCACAAAAGUAUUGGUAUCUAUAUCUGGUCCAAUUGAACCUAAAAUACGUCAAGAGUUACCAAAUCAAGCAAGUUUAGAUAUAAUAAUAAGACCUUAUAAAGGAUUAUCAACAACUAGAGAAAAAUUAUUAGAAGAUAAGUUAAGACAAUUACUACAAAGUAUAAUAAUUCGAUAUAAAUAUCCUAGACAAUUAAUUCAAAUAGUUGUACAGUUUUUAAUUAUUGAUGAAAUUGAAGAAUUCACAUGUAAUGAAUUAAAUGCUGCUAUAAAUUGUUGUUAUUUUGCUUUAAUUGAUGCUGAUUUGGCAUUAUACUCAUCAUUUGUUUCAGUUGUUGCAUGUAUAAAUCUGGGAAAUUUACUUUUAAAUCCACCAGGGGAUAUUUUAAUAAAUAGUGAUUCACAUCAUGUAAUAUGUUAUAACAUUGAAAAUCAAAAGGCAAACAAACUAUUAUUCCUAGAGAGUGAUGGUGAAUUUACUGAAGAAACCUUAUUUACAAUACUAGCUAAAACUGUGAGUGAGGCGGAAACUUUACAUCAAGAACAACGAAAAAUUAUACAAGCAAAAAUAGAAAAUGAUUAUAUAUGGAAAUAA